UUGUUUUCAUGUAGAGUCUUCUCUUUGUGAAUGCGAAUUCUGAACCCUGGAAAAUGACAGAAUGGCCUCAACAGAUGUGAAAUUUGCUAUGAUCUUCUUAUUCCAGAUAGUUUUUGGAAUCCUGGGAAACUUCUGGCUCUUCCACCAUUUUACAUCCCAUUACCUCAGGGGAUACGGGGCAAAGUCCACAGGCUUGAUUCUCAUGCACUUGACUUUAAUCAACUCCUUGGUGAUUCUCUCUCGAGGAAUCCCAGAGACCAUGGCAGCUUUUGAGCUGAAAUCUUUUCUCAGUGACUUUGGAUGCAAAGUUGUUUUCUUUGUUCACAGAGUGGCCCGGGGUAUGUCCAUCGACACCACCUGCCUCUUGAGUGUCUUCCAAGCCAUCACCAUCAGUCCCUGGGGCUCCAGGUGGGCAAUGCUUAAAGGGAAAGCUUCCCAAUACAUUGGCCCCUCAAAUAUCCUCUGCUGGACUCUGAACAUAAUACUCCAUAUUAUGGUUCCUGUGUAUGUGACUGACAAAUGGAACAGCAGAAACACUUCAAGAACUAUGGACUUUGGAUACUGUACUUCUAAACUGCAAGACAAACACACAGACUUACUAUAUAUGUUGUUGAUAUCUGUCCAUGAUGUUUUGUGCUUGGGGCUCAUAACUUGGACCAGUGUGUUCAUGGUUUCCAUCCUGCACAGGCACAGGCAUCAGGUCCAAUACAUUCAUAGAACCAAAGUGCCCCCUACGUCCUCCCCUGAGAUCAGAGCCACUCAAAGUAUCCUUGUCCUGGUGAGCACCUUUGUAUUUUUUUACACCUUCUCCUCCAUUAUUUACAUUUAUUUUUCUGUUUUUUAUAAGACCUGCUGGUGGCUGAUGACCACCUCCGCCCUAAUCAAUUCAGGUUUCCCAACUGCCUGCCCCUUUAUUCUCCUGAGUCACAACCACUGCGUAUCCAGAUUCUUCUCUGUGUGCAUGGGAAGAAAUACACACUUCCCUCGUCUCAUCAGAGAAAUAUAA